GUUUUCUUAGCGUUCUUUGUUUUCAUACAAUCACUAAAAUCAAAACAUGGGUUACUAAAUAAUAGGAUUGGAAAUAUUAUUUUAAAAUAUCCAAUUAGUUAAAAGGUGAUAGCUAACUAGUUAUAUCCCUGAAAUUAUUUGUUAAAUUCAAUAUCGCGAAAUAACCGCCAAAAAUCAUAUUUCUUAACCUCACUUUAAACUGCUUUAAAUUCAUUCUGUGCUGAUUCUGUGUCGUGUUCAGUCUUCUUGGUCUUCUUAAUGGCAGAGAUGGAAGAAAAAGCGAAAUUUGAAACUCCUGUUGACAGAUUUUGGAGUGAUUUUAAUCAGGCUUUAAUAAAGGUACCUGAUAAUUCGCAUGCCCCAUAUGUUCUGUACAAAUCUAUGCAAAUUGAUACCCAGAAAACGAUGGAUAUAAUCGUCAAUAUAUUUUUUGAAACGGCUGUCAGUAAACCUGAGUCCUGUUUUCUAUAUGGCCUUGUGUGUAAGAAUUUUUCUGAGAGAGACUCUUCUACUAGAAACUUUAGAAAAUCAAUUAUUGCCCGGUGCCUUUUGGAAUUAGAGAAUUGUUCUAGAAACGGUAAGUUGCGGGUAAUGAAAGCCAAGGAAAUUGAAAAGUGCACGGAUACUGAAAAGAAAAGGGAGCUGCAGACACUUUACGAAAAUGAAGGAAAAAGUCUACGAAUGAAGUCUAUUGGUACCAUAAGUUUAAUGAAAGAACUUUGGUCUCGAAGAAUGUUGAAAAAGAAGAUUAUGCAUUUCUGUAUAAGUCACUUGUUGCAAAAUAGAGACGAGGAGAACUUGGAAUUUUUAUAUAAAUUAUUGAAGGAGAUAGGAGAAAAAUUGGAAUUUAAUGGAGAUCUGCAGGGAUAUUUCAAGAUGAUACAAGUUAGAAUCAAUGAUCAGGGCUCUGAAAAAAUUAGUCCCAGAAUUCGUGAAAUGCUUGAAGAGUUAGUUGCAUUGCGAGCGAAUAAAUGGGUUCCUCAGGAUUCUUCUUCCCAACCAGAGUUGCCCAAGUUGGCUGAACCGAAGAAAACAAAGAAAGAAAACUCUGAUUCUCACGAGAAACCUUUUUGUGCGAAAGUUCGGCGUAUCCUGGAUCAUUAUAAUUCCAAAAAUAUUGAUACUGUGGCCAGUAAAAUUAUAUCUCUGCCAAUUAAACGCGAGGAUUUGCGAGGAUUUAUCAAAAUUUUGAUGGAAAAGUCUUUUGUUGAUGUAGAUUUAACCAAAGAUUGCGUUCUUUUGUGUAAAAAACUGUCCAGCAUGGAAGUUCCCGGAACAGUCGCAAAGAACGAAACUUGGAAAGACUUUGAGAGAUUGUUUGCUGUUCAUUGCGUGAAAAAAUUCGAGCAUUAUUUAGAAGAAGCUAAAGAUCUUAAAAAGGCACAAUUCAGUAACUUACGGGAAGUAAUGAAAUCUUCUACUUAUGCUAGUUUAAUCGGUGAACUCUUCAACGAAGAUAUAAUAUGCCAGGCGAGGGUAAAGUCUUACAUAGAUACCAUGUUGAAAUACAAAACUGAAGAGAAUUUAGCACGAUUAUAUCUAGUGCUGGAUAACAUUCAAGAAAAAUUGGUUCAUUUCGAUAAUCUGACAAAUUACGUCGACGAGCUGCAGGAAAUAUUAGAUGAAAGGGAUUCUGGAAGAUUCAGUGAAGAAUGCUAUGAAGUAUUGGAAAAGACAGUUGAAUGGCUGGACCUACUACUACUAACACCCGAACAGAUGUUUAUGUCCACAAUGGAGAUGUUCCGUGAAAUGAGAUAAAAAUAUAUUUUCAUUCUUUAGUACCUCAUUAACAUAUUCCGAGAAGAAAGAAUUUUUUAUUCAAUACAGGGUGUCGAAUUGACCUUGAAAAAAACGGGAUUUGAAUCUUUAAAAUCCGAGAAUUUACCUCUGAUCGUAGCAAAAUUAAAGUUUUAAUUUAUUUGAUAUUUUUUGUCCUUUAAAAAAAAGAGAUUUCUACUUUAUUUACAGUUGCUGGGUAUAUGAGUGAAAAUAAUGAUCGUUUUGAUUUUAGAAGAGGGAGUUUCGGCUAAGAAAUAUAAAUUCACUCGCAACAGGGAAUUUUUGACAUGGAAUGGGAAUUUUUUUAAGAAUUAUAAUUCCGAUUUAGAAGAAAGGAACUUGAAAAAUCUCUCUUGUAAGUCAAAAUUUAAAAUUUCAUCCUUCCAAACAUUGGAAAAAGAAAGUAUUUAGAGAAGAAGUUGUAUUUCGAAGAGCAUAUAUUUCUGAAUUUUAAUAUAAUUUUUUUUUUA